AUGGCCAAGGAGAAGCUGAUGAGGGGAGAAAUUCCUUCACGGGAUGCUUCUCAAGGGCGGAAGGCAUUGGGGAAGCAGUUGAUUGACGGGAGUUGCAUUCUGCUCAACAUUGCAAGCACGGUGACGCUUGUCUUCUUAAACAAAUGGAUUUUUAAGGACCCUCAAUUGAAGCAUGCCCAGGUAUCCUUUGCGAUGUGGCAUUUCACAUGCACUUCAAUUGUCCUAUGGAUUGCAAGCCGACGACCCUUCAAUUUGUUUGUGCCCGUUCGACUACCUUUCCUACAGAUGAUACCACUGUGCAGCUUCUUUGCAGGAUUUCUGAUACUUGGAAAUUUAAGCUUGGCGUAUAACUCCGUUGGAUUUUACCAGCUUGCAAAAAUAUUGACCACUCCUUGUGUCGCCCUUCUCCAGUACUUGUACCUUGGGAAAUCGGUCACUCUUCUCACCAUCGGCGCUCUGGCUAGCGUUUGCAUAGGUGUAGGAGUAACCAACACCGGAGCAACUGGGACAACAGCGCAAGGAGCUUCAAUCGCAACUGCAGCCUUUGUAGUGACUAGUUUUUACCAAGUGUGGAUUGGAAAGAAGAUGAAGGAUUUCUCGGUGUCUAGUCCACAAUUGCUGUUGAAUCAAGCGCCGAUAUCUGUGUUACUAUUGGCACUUUUAGUCCCAUUUUUUGACACAGUGCCUGAUGUUGGGGAUAUUCCAAGUGAUACUUUGGUGGCCCUGUUUUUGUCUGGCCUUGCUGCUGCUUCACUGAACCUUUCACAAUUCCUGAUAAUCGGACGAAUGAGCGCACUGACAUUCAACGUCGCCUCCAACGUCAAAACAAUAAUCAUCCUUUCGUAUGGGUGGAUCAGUGAAGGACGAUCCCUGACGAUGAAGGAUUCGUUGGGUAUUGUACUGGCACUUGGCGGUGCUACAGUCUACAGCCAGCUCUCUCAGAAAUGA